CGUAAAGAAGGCAUGUACCGAUUUUACGUGGGGCCGUUGCCAAACGUCAUGAUAUUCAAGGCUGAACUUGUCGAGGCCGUGCUCACCAGCCAGAGCACGAUGAGCAAGUCAUUUGAUUACAGCCUUUUGCAUUCAUGGUUGGGAGAGGGACUGCUCACAAGCUCAGGAGCAAAGUGGAAGCAGAGAAGGCGACUGCUGACACCUUCGUUUCACUUUCGCAUCUUGGAUGAAUAUGUUGCUCCGAUGAAUGAGCAUGCAAGGCACAUGGUGCAGGAAAUCGGUAGGCACGCCGAAACAGAGGAAAUUAGUCUAAUUCCCCUGUCGACAUCGUGCACUUUGGGCAUACUGCUGGAAACAAUAAUGGGAGUUGAAGCUGACAAGCAAGAUGUGAGCACGCGGUCCUACGUCGGUGCUCUCAAAAUUUUGUCUGACCAGAUAACACUAAGAUCGCAGACACCAUGGCUGCUCGUCGAUCCAAUUUAUUACAGAACUGAGUAUGGCAAACUGUACAGAAGGAACGUAGAAGUCGUCCAUGACUUCACAAGGAAGGUUAUAACAGAACGACGAAAGCAGUUGAUGAGUGAAAAGAGUCCAUCUAUCCCAACAAAAAUAGAAAAUAACGAAUUUCAGAAGAAAAAAUUGUUAACAUUUAUCGACAUACUGAUUCAACAAAGUAUGAAUUCUGACGCACAUCUGACGGAUGACGACAUUCGGGAAGAGGUGGACACCUUCAUGUUUGAGGGUCAUGAUACGACACAAAUGGCGAUCUCGUGGUGUCUUUACUUGCUUGGGCUCUAUCCAAAAGUUCAGGCAAAAGUUCAUGAAGAAUUGGAAGAGGUUCUUCAAGGAGAUCUCGAAAAAGACGUAACCAUGGAUGACCUCAAGCAGCUCAAAUACCUCGAUUGCGUUGUAAAGGAAUGUCAACGUUUGUAUCCGUCGGUUCCGUUCAUCGGGAGGACUGUAACCAAAGACAUUACCUUAGGGGGAAAUGUUAUUCCCGAGGGAACCAACGUUGGCAUGAUUAUCUUUGCUCUGCAUCGUGACCCAGAUGUCUUUCCAAAACCGGAAGAGUUUGAUCCUGACAGGUUUCUCCCAGAAAACAGCGGAUCCCGUAACCCUUUUGCAUUCAUUCCUUUUUCUGCUGGAUCCAGAAAUUGCAUUGGUCAGAGGUUCGCUUUGAUGGAAGUUAAGAUAGUUCUGGCUCACAUUCUACGAAGCUUCUCGCUUCGGUCGCUGCAUCAGCGAGACGAGCUUAUGAUAUUCAUCGACCUCGUUUUGUCGCCAGCAGGAGGGCUCAAGGCCUUUUUUUCUAAGCGAGGUUUGUCACGCACCGUUUAA